AUGGCACCAGCAGGCGCCUCUGAAGGACAGCUGGGUGUCCCUGUGGGUGGUGGUGUGUGUCGUGAUUAUUCGGGGGGGAAUGGCUCUGUCGGGUGUCCCGACAAGUCCUCGCCAGUGUCUGUAAUGUUUCUGCGGACGGUGGAGCUGGUUGUUUGGCCCGAGGCCGCGUUGGAAAUCAGGAGGUUGGCAGUCAUGGCACCAGCGGGCUACUGGCAGCAGCAGGUGGACAUCGCGCCCUGGCCUGCCCGUUCCGCCCACGUUGCCGUGACGCUGCCGGAGGGUGAUAUUCUUCUCAUGGGCGGCGUAGGAGAACCCGGCCUUCUAAAUGACGUCUGGCGUUGGACGCCGAGGAAAUGCACCCUGCUCGAAGACAUGCAACCGCUAGAAGCCGCAAGGUUUGGUCUCGAGUGCAGCUACAAGUGCACAAGCUCUCCGAUCUAUGGGCAGUGGGCACAACUUCUGGAUGCUCCCUGGGCGCCGCGGUCGGAGCCCGGGGCAGUCUGGACUGCGAGUGGAGUCAUCCUUGCUGGAGGUCGGUCUUCCCUGGGCUACGAGAAUGACGUUUGGGUGUGGCAGCACUCGGGAGACUUCUGCAGCGUGCAGUGGCAGGGCACCUGGACGCAACUUACUCCACAGGCUGCUUGGUUCCCACGGCAUGGUCAUCGGUUGGUGGGCUUCGUUACCCCAGGCAGCGCGGACGUAGACACGGUCCUUCUUGUGGGGGGAUUCGGCGGGGAACCAGACAGCGGUGAAGUCAUUCGUGGCAAAGAGCCGGAUCCAGCUGAUCGCCCAAACCCCCGCAACGACAUCUGGUGUGGAAACAAGGAUCUCUCGAAUUGGGGCAAGUGGACGCAGAUCGCACCCACAGCUCCAUUCUCUGCCAGAGCGCAGUUUGCUGCCGUCAUUGCUCCCACGAUCUCUGACUUCUCCUUUGUGCUGUUUGGCGGCUAUGACGACAACGCACGUCUAGUGGUCGAUCAGUGGCAGUGGACGGGCGAGAACACGACGUUCCGCUGCGAAGUGCAAGAGUCGACAUCGACAGAGUACUGA